UGUUAGAUUGUAAAAUAACACCAUUCCACAAAAGCCAAUAAUACAUGUACUUGUACUUUUUAGCUAGUAACAAAGUUCUAUGUUGUUUUUAUGUCUUAAAAUUAGGCGUUUGAAAUGUUUCCGAUUCCAGGUAUAUGAUUCCCUGGAACAUCGAUUAGUUGUUGCUGAGGCAGCUCAAAGGUUGAGGCUUCAUCUUUCUAAAGAUGGGGAAAUUCAUGAGGAGGAGAUUAAGAAGUGCAGUUUGAUGUCAAGAAGUUCUCUUGACAGCACAACAACUAGCAUUACUCCCUGCUUUAGCUCAAACUCAACAAGUUACAACAAUAGCUAUGCAAGUAAUAGUAGUAUUAUGCUAAAUGCCUCUGUUUUGUCAAAUAAUUCUGAAAUGGUUGAUCCUGGAGUCGGUGGAGUUCCAAAUUGUUUUCUUGGGGUGACGCUAGGUUUUUUGAGGCAAGUCCAGCAAGAGCGGUCUGCAGUGACUGUGGACAUGAUGGAGUACCAAAGGUCUCUUGUGCAGGAGAUCGAAUCCCGUUUAGAAGCAAAAUGUGAAACAUUAGCUCAUAUCUUCGCCAUAGAUGAAAACGAUUCUGUGUGUUGUGUUGCCAUUUCAAGUGCUCGGCUUCCAGAAAGGGUAAAGUUUAUUAUUGAGGAAGUUGAAAGGGAAGAGGCUGUUCUAUUGGAAGAUCUCUAUUCCAUGGACAGGAAAUUUGUAGAACACUACAAUGUUUUGGAGCAAAUACUUGGAGUUCUCAUUAAGUUUGUAAAGGAUCUGAAGUUACAACAUCAGCAUCAAUAUAAUGAACUAAAGAAAACUUGGCUUUGCAAGAGCUACCAGACAAAGAAUGCCAAACUGAGGUAUAUUACUGUUAAGAAUGAUUGUCAUCAAAUCCAUCUUAAUGAUUUUAAUAAGUUGUUCUAUCAUUCUGGAUUUCUGAGUAAAAAUCCUCACAUUUCCUUCCAACCAAAUGUUGUAUAUAGAGGAGGAAAGGGCCAUUCUUUUCACUCCUUGCUUGAAUUCCUUAUCCCGCAAACUGGAACUGUACCAGUUUAUUAA